ACCAGCCCCGCGCUUUUACAAAAAGGCAGAACCUGCACUUUGACAAUGUUCUCUGCAACACGACGUAAAUUUUCCGAAAAAGUAUAGGAAGCAAAACCCAUUACCAUCAUUACCGGAGAAAUGACCAGAAACCGCAGAGUAGACCCCAUCAUCUAGCUGCCUCGGAUGUAUUAAAGCCUCCUGCAGCUGCAGCAAGUGAUACCAUUGACGCAAUGCAACGUCCCGCCAUCCCACCGUUGCAAUCUAGGUUCGGUCUUUAGGGAUGGCGAAUUUAUUAGAAGCUAUGCUGCUCACGGACGAAAAUGCAACGGUGCAUAAAGGUAAACAGAGGCCACAUUUGCCGUCGCCAACUGGACUGUGAACCCAACCACCAGACUUGGUCUCUGCCUAUGUAUUGCAAUUGUCCCGCCCUGCGGAGGAAACAAAAGACGGCGUGGCUCUCCACCGUACAAACUUCCGGAGCUAACUAAAAUCGCAAGCAUCGAACCUUUGCCGCAUUCCACGCUCCAACGGAGCUCUCGCCUACCGGCCAAAAAGAGGCGCUGUGGUGGCAAUUAGUCAACCUGAACCACCAUGACAGAAGCCAUGCGGGGGAGGGCCACCAUGGCGAAGCGAGUGGGUUUGGCUUUACUCUAUUUUUUUAGAGUAAAUUAAAAAAAAGCGAAUAAGGAACUAUUUCGUCAUAUUGGGAUAAAGCGCCGCCUGUCGAUCCGCACGCUUCUUUCGCUGCAAGGUCGGGCUUCCUCCGGCACUAGAGACUUUUGGUGGUAUUCGGCAUGGACCUUCCUGCUGGCUUGUCAGCAGCCAAGAAACGGAUAACGCGCUUGCUACCUACAGAUACACCUGGCACUUGAAUCAAGGUUGGGGUUUGUGUUUUUCCCUUAUUAGUCCCGGUGUGCCCACAAGCACGGAUAGUGUUUCUCGUCUCAUCCUCUCCAUCCCAAAUCUCGUCCCGUGUGUGACGGCCUCAUCGUAUAAAAUGCCUUCGUCUAUCGUUUCUAUUGGCCUCGGUCUUCUCGCCGUCCUCUCCACUGCCGGAGCUACGGACCCUGCUUGCCAGGCACCAAAGCCAAAGGCCGAUCCGCGAGCUGCUCCUGGUGUUGAGUACAAGGUCCUCGCUAACGACUUGCAAAAGCCCAGAGGUGUCGUCCUCGACUCGGAAGGCAACCUGCUUAUUGUCGAGGCUAGUAGCAAAGGUGUUCGAAGAGUUGUCCUGAAUGACGCCGAUGGCUUGGACGUCUGUGUAGGCUCGUCAUCACAGCUUAUUAAAGACUCAUCUUUAAACCAUGGCAUUGCUCUAUCGGCUGACGGCAAGACUCUCUUCGUGUCCUCUUCCACUACCGUCUUUGCCUAUCCUUACGACGCUACCAAAGGUACCGUCGGCUCGGCCAAGACAAUCGUCACGGCCAUGAAUCAAGGUGGCCACUCUACCCGUACCCUUCUCAUUCCCCAGAACAACCCGGGCCUGCUCCUGGUUUCCCGUGGCUCCGACGGCAAUGUUGACGAACCCACCCAGGAGAUCAAGUCUGCCAGAAGCCAGUUGCGCAGCUUCACUAUUGAUUCCCUCCUUGCCUCCGAGGCACCCGUAGAAUACGCCAAGGGUGAGGUCAUUGCCUGGGGCUUGCGUAACAGUGUUGGCGUCGCUGACGAUCCUACCACUGGCAACAUCUGGACUGUCGAAAAUUCCCUGGAUAACAUGAACCGUCGUGGCAUCGACAUCCACAACACAAACCCAGGCGAGGAGCUCAACUUCCAUGGCCGUCCCAACGACACAUCGUCUGAGGUCUAUGGUAAGAACUACGGCUACCCCGGCUGUGUUGCCAUUUACGACCCCAGCAACGUCAAAGAGUAUCCUGGUGGUGCCGACGUUGGCAAGCAGAUGGCCGGUGACCACCUUAAGAAUGUCAAGGAUGAGUUUUGCCAGAAGACUGUAGCUCCCAAAAUCACUUUUGGCUCACAUCUCGCUCCAUUGGAUAUUCACUUCCACGACGAUGGCUCGUCGGCUCUCAUUUCCUUCCACGGCAGCUGGAACCGUCAGCCCCCUAAUGGUUACCGCCUCAGCCGAGUUUCGUUCAAGGACGGUAUGCCCAUCCGCCCUUCCAAUGCUCCCGAUGCAGAGGAGAAGCUUUUGUGGAACAGUGAUGAGUCCAAAUGCCCUGGCAAAUGCUUCCGCCCCGUGGGUCUCACUAUUGAUGAUAAGCAGCGAGUCUUUAUGACUAGUGACUCUACAGGAGAACUAUAUGUUGUCACUGGCACAAGAGGCAAGCAGAAUCUUGAGAAGAAGAUUGGAGUCAUGGGUAGAAGAGUUGCGCAAAGCCAACUUUCACUGUAAGAAGAAGCAUGUACACGAUAAUGAUACGCUUUUUUAUUUUAAACUUGAUAUUCAAUUUAUUCAGAUAAUGCACUGAAUUCUUAGCCCGUUCAUAAAUAAUUGAACCCAAAUAUCUAAACCCAUUGGACGACCUUCUAGAAACAUGCGCCGUCCUUCAUCCCAGUUAUUACAAAAUCGCGUCAUCAAAAUACCGUAAAAUGGUCGUAUCCCAGCUAAGACAGUAAAAAGGAAAUGGUUGUCCAAGAUUGACAGAACAGCCAGUUCAUGACCAAAAAUAUAAAAAAAAGUAUGUAUCCAGUACAAAGAAUGUAGGUUGAAAAGAAAGGAAAACCGGUGGGCGGUAGCGAGCUGCACACGAGUCGGGGUAUAAAUCUGUGGUGGAAAUGAUACAUUCAGUCGAGUAUCAGUAGGAGACAAAACAAGGAAAGGUCAAAAGAAAGGAUCAUUAAACAAAUUCUGGUGUCUAUGAUCAUGUCAUUGAGAUCUUUUAGAGGUGUGUUCGUGAAAUUCUACUGCGCUGUUGGGCAGCAAUGCUAUGCGUAUGCAAUAUGUUCAAGGCGUUUACAUCUGGGGAACAGAUGGAAUCAUUCGUGAGGCGCGAGGGCCCUGAGCCUGCAACGAGACGAUAAUCUGAGGCAUGCUGCGACGUACUGAGAGCGACUUGCGCUGGCCCAGUGCCGAGUUGGAAGCGCCUGUCGAGGUUGGGAUAGGAGGGAGAGGUGUUGAAGGUGGAGGUGCGCGAGGUGGUGGAGGUGGUGCUGCCGAAUGGCUGCUGCUUGGGCGUGAGCCUUCUUCCUCAAAAGGGACGAGACUUGGGCGACGGCCGUUUUUCCAAGUAUAAGACGAUAGUGCAUUGAGUUCUUGGUUGGCUUCUCCAGCAAGGUCAUCCGUCUGCAGAGAGACGACGUCGUUUGGCGUUCUCGGAGCGAGGCGGUCCAGGUGAGAGUGCGAUGAGCUUCGGGACAGCUGCUUGUUGGCUUGGAUUAUUGUGGACAUGCUUGCCUGGCGGGCGGGGAUUGCCUUGGGGGUGAUGGAGUAUCGACCCUUAAAUGUAGGCUUGAAUGACGCCAGCGAAUUGAACUGCGAGUGGCCACCCAUCGUUUCGGAGGGGACAACCUGAGGCGAUGGGCAAUCCGCAACGACUGAGAGGGGUCGUGAAUCCUUGAGUGACGUUGGCGGCUUUGAGCGGAAGUUUCUGCGUGCCAAGUUUUCUCUUGGUGGUGAGAUUGGCAUCUCAGGAACAGGUGGAGUUGGUUUACAGAACAUUGGGACGUUAAGAGCAGCCUUGGGUGUAGUGAGGGGACCUGGAGGAGGUGCGGUAUAGAGUGGUGACGUUGAAGGGUGAAUCUCUGGCAGUCCCAUAAAGGGCGCAACUGGCUGAACCGGGGAUGCAUUGUAGCUACCGCUGCUGGAUUGCCGGACCAUUUCAACUGCUUUAUCUAUGAUGGACUCUUUGCGGUGUGCAUCAUCAGAUUGUCGAGGGAAGCUUUCUAUAGUUGGAGAUGUAGCGGGGCUUGAUGCAGCCGAUGUGCCAAAUGUGUCUUGGCUAGUCGACAUGACAGAGAGGCGGUGGUUGCUGUCCCGUAAGCUUUCGAGCUGUUGUCCUUCCUGGGAUACGACACUAUUUGUGACAGAGACAUCGUCCAGGCAUUGCUCAUUGGUCUUGUCAUAAUCCGAAACGGUAAUGGCGGCAGUGGACUGUUUGCGCUCAGAAGUGGGAUAGCAUUGAACGGUUUCGCUGCUCUCAAGGCGCGAUAAGUCGCGGGCUGUGAGCGUGCGCUGACUAGCACGCUCUCGGAUUUGGCGCUCCCCAACAGUAUCUUGCGUUUCAGCAUCCUUCAGUUUGAGGAUUUCAGAGCGCACAGCAACAAUCCAUCCAUCCAUGUCAUCGGCAUUGUCGAAAACCAUUAGGAAAUUGGAGGCACGGCGGUUGGGCUCUUUGCUAAACAACGACCUGUGGUCAACCAUUGAAGCUGGAUCUGGUGUGAGUGUAGUGAGAACGUCUGCCGAGAUACGAAGUACCCAGUGCUUUCCUGGGAUACAAUCCGUAACAAAAGCGGCAGAGUUGGCGGUAAGCUUCAAAACUCUUUCAGGGACUCUCUCAUAGUGACCGUCGGCGGUAUAUUGGAGCAGGUUGGCGCUCGUUGUAAGAAGAUAGAUCUUGCUUGUCCAUUCAAAAGGUGACGACUUGUCAUCUCCCUUUUUGGCUUUGUCCUUGGAUCGCUUGGUAAGCCUAGAGGUGUCAUCCUGCACAUCGCCGUCCUGCGGCUGCGAGCUUGGUGCCUCUUGCAGGCUUAGCACUGCAUCUCCAGAUAUCGUAGGGGCCUGAAGGGUUGCUUGGCGGAUAGAUUGAUGGUACGCUGAAUACAGAGCUGGGAUUUCAAGUUCAUCAGCUGCGGACUUGCCUCCGAGCAAGGGACGUGGCAUAAAGCUUCGUCUUGAGCCGCGUCCGAUGGAUCCAAAGGUGCGGGAGGUGCCAGGCAGGUUGGUAUCGGAGGCAGCAGCAGCAGAUCCAGACAUGACUGAGAGUGCGGUUUCGGAUGGGUUGGGUUGGUUCAAGUAGACAGUGCUUCGAGAUGCGCCGAGAGAAGUACGUUCGGUAUAGACUGGGACUGGUGGCACAGGAGGGGGCGCAGAGUCUUCGGGCUUUAGCUUGGAUCGGCUGAACAUGCGACGGAGACCAAGUCGAGAUUCGCGCUUGGCAAGCUUUGGUGGUUCCGGUGCCUGCUCCUGGGUGGUUUUAAGUUGCGAGAGUGAGAACUCUGACUUUCGAGAUCGUAAAGAGAAGCUGGGGAAGUAGCGGUUGCUCUCGGGCACGGCGAGGUGCGUGGUGGACACAUUGCUGGGCGACAUGAUCAGAAGCAGCACUCGCCGGUGGCGACGACGUAAGUUUAGCAGACGGUCGAAGGUUUUGCUGAAGCCAUUCAGGAAAGAUUGGUGAUGUUUCGAGAACUUUGGCAGUGCAGACGAAAAGAGGGGAGCAAAAGGAGAAAGGAAAGCAAAGGAUGAGAUGGAGGAGGGGUGUCAGUUAUUAUUGUCCAAGACAAAAACUGUGGCCACGGGAUGGGACAGCAGCGUGUAAAGGCUGAGCAGCACGUCAAUUGGCCUGUUCCAGAGAAAUGGCAGGCGAAACCGAUGCUACGGUCAAGUUUCGAAGUCACGCGGGGAGGUGAGAUUGAGCUGGUGAAGGUGCUAGGUAGGAUGGCCAAGAGAGGAAGAGGGGGGUGGUGAUGGCAGCGAGUCGAUAUGCCUAGGGCCAGCGUAAUGGAAGCAGGCUUUUUUCCUUUGCCCUCUUGGGUGUGGGACACGACACGACCACGACGCGGCACCGUGAGAGUAGCGAGAAAGAGGAUUAGCGUGAUCUGGAAAGACGGCGAUGUGGAGUUGCAGCGCCGCCAAGUUGGGCAAGGCGAGGGAGUGGGAUAUAGGGAAGGCGGGCAAUUUGUGGUGCGAUGCGCUUCGGAUUGCGCCCUGUGCUUUCAGAGGGAGAGGUGGGAAGGCAACGGUGCCCGCGAGAGCAAAUGAGAUGGUGCUGGGCCAAAACUGAUGCGUUGUAUUCGAGGCGUGUCCAAGGUGCGAUUGGUGGGGUUGCAGUGGGCGAGAUAGAUCCUCGAUGGUGGGCUGCAGUAGCAACGAGAUUGGAUAUGCGGUUGCUUGAGAGACAGUGUGUCGUAAGAGAAACAGGAAAAAAGAGGGGUGUGUGUUUGGACGAGGGAGAAGAAAAAGCAACUGAUGAGGCCCAAAAGGAAGGAAAAAAAUGCACCCAAAGAGCGAUGUAUGCGUUGUUGUGUGAGGGAAAAGGAAAAAUAAAAUAAAGAGGGGACCGUUGGCAGCAUAACCGUGGUCGGUCCAGGAUGAACUGCAC